CAUGCGUAUGUUCUCUUUGCACUGCAAGGUCGACGGGAAAAGAAGUCGAGAGUGAAGGAAUAACAAAUUAAUUUAUCAAAUAUGUUUUCCCGAUUUGUGAGACCGCAGACUGCCUAUGCCCUUCAUAACAGUUCCAAGAACUUCGGCACAAGUACUCAGAGGAACGCAAAGGUCGCUGUAUGUGGGGCUAGUGGUGGCAUUGGACAACCCUUGGCCUUGUUGCUAAAAGGAUCACCGCAUGUGACAGAAUUAUCACUCUAUGAUAUUGUACAUACUCCCGGCGUGGCCGCUGACCUUAGUCACAUUGAAACAGCCGCCAAAGUUAAGGGCUUCAACGGACCAGAGCAGUUGAAGGAUGCGCUGAAGGGAGCAGAAAUUGUUAUUAUUCCUGCUGGAGUGCCCAGGAAACCUGGGAUGACCCGUGAUGACCUCUUCAAUACUAAUGCUUCCAUUGUGCGUGACCUUGCCCAAGCCUGUUCUGAGGUCUGCCCAAAGGCUCUAAUAGGAAUUAUUUCAAACCCAGUAAACAGUACAGUGCCAAUUGCUUCUGAGGUUUUCCAGAAAGCUGGCGUUUAUGAUCCAAACAGGAUCUUUGGAGUUUCCACCUUAGAUGUUGUUAGGGCAAACACCUUCAUAGCAGAAGCCAAGAACUUGGAUCCAACAAAAGUAAAUGUUCCUGUGGUUGGUGGACACUCUGGAGUUACCAUCAUUCCACUGAUUUCCCAGGCAAAGCCAAAUGUUGACUUUAGCAAGGACAAACUGAAAGCUCUUACAGAAAGGAUACAGGAAGCCGGUACUGAGGUUGUCAAAGCUAAGGCAGGUGCAGGCUCAGCUACACUGUCCAUGGCAUUUGCUGGUGCUCGCUUUACAUUUGCCUUGUGCCGGGCUUUGAAGGGAGAACCUAACGUCAUUGAGUGUGCAUACGUCCGCUCUAAUAUUACAGAGGCUAAGUAUUUCUCCACUCCUCUGCUCCUUGGGCCCAAUGGAAUCCAGAAGAAUUUGGGUCUUGGAAAACUCUCUGAUUUUGAAAAUGAACUGUUGGUAGCUGCUAUCCCAGAAUUGAAGAAAAAUAUUCAGAAAGGAGAAGAUUUUGUCAACAAGAAGUGAAAGCAGGAGAUUACUGCUGUUGAGCAAACCUCAGGAAAGGGUGAUUGCAUCAAAGGACCUGCUGUGUGGGAUUGGUCAUGUAGAUAUACUGUAUACUGAAGCUUUGUCAUAGCUUGAAAUUGUGAAACAAUUACAGAUUUGUAUAUUAUUGUACAAAACACAGAAACUUGUGUAGUGGACUAAUGAUGUAAGAAAGAAGCCUUUAACACCUAUUAUAAUGCUUUAUUUUCUUGAAACCAUUUUAUUGUGUGUUUGAAUUUGCUUUUCCAAGCUGUGUACAUGUAAAAAGAUGUACAGUGGCAUAAAUAAUUUACUCUGAAACUGGA